AGCGGAUUUUACGACCAUUGGCGCGGUCGAGGAUCAACGCGACUCGGCGCUGUAGAUACUGAAGCAGGCUGUUCAUUGUUAUCCUGAGGCGCGAAAGAAACAUUUUACGUUCGAACCACUACAAUCAUUUCUACUUCUAAAGCAACGGAAAACAUGAGUUCAAUUAACGUGAAGAAGCUGAAGGUGAACGAGCUUAAGGAUGAGCUGAAAAAGCGUCAGCUUUCGGACAAGGGCUUGAAGGCCGAGCUCAUGGACCGGUUACAGGCCGCGCUCGAUGCCGAGGCCCAAGCUGGAGACGCCGCGCUCGAUGCGGAAGAUGAAGAGGAGGAAAAUGGCGCCGAGGGGCAUGCCGCUGAGGUCGAACAAGAAUGCAUGGCCGAAGAGUUGGAGGAGGACGAAGAGCCUGCGGGCGAGAACAUGGAGGCCGAGGAGGAAAAUGGAGGCGGCGGUGUGCCGGAGAGCACACAGGGCAACUGCGAGGAGGACCUUGGGCAGGACGACGAAAUGGCCGACGAAGAGGAGGAAGAUGGAGACGCCGGGAUUGAGAUAGACAAAGCGUUCGACGACGAGGAGGAAGACGACGACGACGCCGCUGACAAAAUCGACGAAGAAGAUGGUGAGCAAGAGUCGCAGCCGACUGAGGGAGAUGCGGACAAAGACAUCAGUGCUGAUCAGAAGAAUAAGAAGGGUGUUAAGAGACGCCGAGAGGAACAUGGAAGGGGCUACUUUGAAUUUAUUGAAGAAAGCAAAUACAGCCGGGCCAAAUCUCCCCUGCCACCUCUGGAGGAAGAGGAUGAGGAGUUUGAUGAUACUCUGGUGUGUCUGGACCCAUACAACUGUGACCUACACUUCAAAGUGUCACGAGACCGCUACAGCGCCACUUCACUCACAAUGGAGAGCUUUGCCUACCUUUGGGCAGGUGGCCGAGCUUCCUAUGGUGUGAGCAAAGGCAAAGUCUGCAUUGAAAUGAAGAUUCUUGAGAAGAUCCCUGUGAAGCAUGUGAAGAGUAAAAACAUGGAUGUCCAUGAUGUGCAGAUUGGCUGGUCCCUGGCUAAUGGCAGUUUACUGCUAGGUGAGGAGGAGCAUUCUUAUUCAUUCGCUAUCAAGGGGAAGAAGACGACAAAUUGUGUGACUGAAGACUACGGCGAGGCUUUCGAUGAAAAUGAUGUUGUUGGCUGCCUUAUUAAUUUUGAUGGGGAUGAAGUUGAAAUUUCAUAUUCUAAGAAUGGGAAGGACCUUGGCGUGGCAUUCAAAGCCAGUAAAGAGGCUCUGGCUGGACGUGCUCUAUUCCCCCAUGUCCUCUGCCACAACUGUGCUGUGGAGUUUAACUUUGGGCAGAAGGAGACGCCGUAUUUUCCUCAGCCAGAGGGCUUCACCUUCCUCCAGCAAAUCGCUGUGGAUGAGCGUGUGCGUGGACCCAAGGGGCCUGAGACCAAGAAAGACUGCGAGGUUAUUGUCAUGGUUGGCCUUCCUGGAUCAGGGAAGACCACGUGGGUGACAAAACAUGUCGAGGAGAACCCUGGCAAAUACACAAUUCUGGGAACUAACACCAUUGUGGAGAAGAUGAUGAUUAACAGUUUGAAGCGACAGAACAAAGACACAGCAAAACUCACUGCCAUCUCCCAAAGUGCACCUCUCUUCCUUGGAAAGUUCAUUGAGAUUGCUGCCCGCAAGAAGAGGAACUACAUUUUGGAUCAGACCAACGUUUCUGCUGCUGCCCAGAGGAGGAAGAUGUGCCUAUUUGCUGGCUUCCAGCGCAAAGCUGUUGUGCUCUUGCCCACAGAUGAGGCUUACAAGGAGCGCACUCAGAAGAAAGCCGAAACUGAUGGCAAAGAUGUCCCUGAGCAUGCUGUGCUAAAGAUGAAGGGCAUAUACACACUGCCAGAAGUGGGCGACUGCUUCUCAGAGGUCACGUAUGUGGAACUGCAGAAGGAGGAGGCUACCAAGCUCUUGGAGCAAUACAAAGAGGAGAGCAAGAGUGCCCUACCUCCAGAGAAGAAGCCUAACCAAGGCACACCCAAGAAAGGUGGUGCUCGUAGCCGAGGGGGCAAAGGCCAGUUCAACAGGGGUGGUGGCCCUCCACGAGGGGGCAGAGGAGGUUUCCAGAAUCGUGGCAAUUUCAGAGGAAUGCCUGGUCCCCGUGGAGGCUUCCAUCGGCCGCCCCGAGGCGCUCUGCCACCUCCUGCCUUUAGAGGUGGCUACCCAAGCCGUGGCAGCUUUGGCCGAGGUGCUGGAGGACCCCCCAAUAGAAGCAUGGUGCCUAGAGGAGCUCCUGCAAGAGGUGGCAUGGGUGGCAUCUCGAACAGAGGUGGAGCCAUGAACCGUGGAAAGCCAAUGCACAGGGGCAACAUGAACCGUGGGGGUGGACACGGUGGUGGACCCAGCAGGGGCAAUUUCAACCAGAAAUUCCGUGGACGCGGAGGAAACCAGCAGAAUCGUGGUGGAUUUGGCAACAGGAAUGGAAACUUUGGCAUGAAUAAAGCCCAAGCCUUCAAUCAGAGCUGGCAGCAGGGGUUCUGGAACCAGAAGCCAUGGAGUCAGCAGUACCACCCAGGAUAUUACUAAGCGGGCUUUUGUAUUAAAGACUGGUGGCAUGUGGAGGACUUGCAGAGCCCCAAAUUAUCUACUUUUACUGUCUUUUAAAAAAAAAAAGAAAAAAAAAAGAGAAUAAAACGUGUUUUAAGAUAAUUUACACGUGGACAUGCAUUCCACAUCCCAACAUCAGGUCCCCUGUAGAUGUGAGGGCUUCCCUUUUCCAUACCCGUUUGUAAAAAAAACUUUCUCCCUCUCUCCUUAUUUUAGACCUCAUGUUUUGAUAUAUUGAUGCAAGAACCACAUUGUUUUGUUUGUUCUGCAUGGGAUGCUUUUGAAUUUCAGAGUUGUGGAUUUUAUUGUCAUUUUUACUCAAUGUAAAUUAUUAUUUUGCAAGUAUGUUUUUGUUUAAGGAUCAUGGCAGAUCUCAUGGUCGCAUUUUAGAGGCUAUUAUAGGCAGUUGUAGUGAUUUAGCAGCAGAAAGCCUAUUUGUUCGUCAGAAAAACAUUCUAUUUUACCCAUAACUCGUUACUUUUCCUGUCAUUUUGUGUUUCAGUCCAAUAUGUACAAGUAAAACUCCAUAGGUUUACAAUAAAUGGGUUAUUGCUUUUGUACAA